CCGUCCCCGGGGGGCGGACUAAACGGUUGGUCUGAAUUUUGAAGCCGGCCAAGAAAUAGAGCAUCUCAAAAGAGAGAAAAAAAAGGGAAGGAAAAAGCCAGCGCCAAAGGUACGACACGCCGACACCCGUUUCCCAUCGCAUUGAUCCAUCCUCCGCCUCCGCCUCCGCCUCCGCCUUCUUCUCCCCAUACCCCUUCGUCUCUCGCUCUCUCUCUCUCUCUCUCUCUCUCUCAUCAAGAUAGAUAGAUCAGAUUUGUAAGAAGGUAUUCUGCCUCUGUUGGUAUCUGUUUUUCACUUUUUCCUGAUCUAGUUCCAUCAAGCGCCGAUCGGAGCUCAACGCGCUACGCCGCCCUUCUUUUGAUUCCUUCGAGCAGGCUACAAUUGAUUAUAGUUUGGACAUCUGGUUCAUGAAAUGACUGUUAAAAAAAGCUGGCCCUCUGUGAGAUUUAGGAUAUUUCUCCCCUUCAAAUGUUGUGUCAGGCAUAUGUUGGCAUGUUAGGACACUUCUGGGUACACGAGAUAAUUAUUCGGCUUGCAGACAAUCUGUUCUAUUUUACAUUGGGAAUCUAAUCAGUGGUUGACUCAGUCUGCUUUGGGCACUUGAAGAGAGUGUUACCUUAAAGAAAUGAAGGGGCGAGUAAGAUGGGAUGAGGCUAAUCUGGGAGAGAUUGAGGCAACCAAACCUGUAAGGCAGAAAAUAACUGAACCAAAGACACCUUUUCGCCGCAUGGUUGAUGAUGAUGAAUCUUUGUCUCCUGUACGGGUUAAUUUUGAUGAUUACAUUGGAGAUGUGAAGCAUGCAGAAGCAAUACGAUCUGCUUUGAAUGAUGUGGCAUCUUCAAGUAGAAUGAACCACAGGGGAUCUGGUUGGACAUCAUCAGAUGAUGAGGCAGAUGCUAUGGAGCAAGAUGAUGAAGAUUCUGGAUCAGAUAGGGGUAGCUUGAGUUUUAGGGAGCACAGGCGAGCACACUAUGAUGAGUUCCGGAAAGUGAAAGAACUCCGGCGAAAGGGUUCGUUUCUUGAUGAAGGAACCAACGAGGAUGACAAUGAUGGGAAGGAAAGAAGAGGUAGAUCCGAAUCAUCCUCGUCGUUGAGUGCAGGUGUGCGAGAUAUUGACAUUGAGGAGGCCAGUGAAACUUUGCCUCAUCAUCCUCCUGCACCUCCUGCUUGACUCAGCUUAAGAUCCAUCAAGCAGAGGUAACUAAUAAACUGAUGGUUCCUGUGUCAUUUUCAUAGCAGUCCCUUGUGUUUUCAGUGCAAUUUGACUACAUGACAUAAAUUUUGGAAAUAUGCUGGUGCUACUUGUAAAUAGACAUUUUUAUGGGUUCUGGGACAAUUUAAGUAGCGACAUUCAUGCGGUUGCCCGGUGUUUCCAGAGGAAUAAAAACGUCUACUUGUCUCUGUUGCAGAUAGCAAA